AUGACGACCCAAACCAAGAUGAUCAUGGUCUUGGUCCUCAUGAGGGGGGAGAACUCGGCUCCAGCAUCGAUUGAAACUGCUGCACCACCACCUCCACCACCACAGAUUCAACAAACCCAGCAAACCCAAGGAACCCAAGGAACUCAAGCAAGAGAACUAGGGGCUCGACCCUCUGAAGAUGUACAAAAUGUACAUAUUCCCUCUUCUUGCACCCAAGAACCUCUACCCACAACCAAUGAGUUCUCACCAAUUUUAGUGAGUUCUUCAUCAUCCGAAAACCCACCUUCACCUCAACAAGAAACAACCUUACCUUUAAUCCCAUCACCAACACCUCCUCCAUCACCACCUCAACCAGAACCCUCCAUUACCCCAACGAACCAACCACAACCUGAAGCCAUACCUCCACCAGAAUCUAUCACCCAACCAACCCAACAGGUGCAAGCAGAUGUCCCUUCCUCAUCGAGGCAAGCUCCAACUCAAGGCAGAGCCGAUGAAAUCAUCUCCAAUUUUGAGUCGUUAAGGAGGCGUCCACCAAUGCCUCGAAAGGAACCCGUCAUGAUGGAGAAUAUUCAUCAAUAUCUCUACCAUGACCGCGAUGAACAGCUGCUCCUUAAUCCUCCCAACCUAUCUCCUGAGUCGAUGGACCUGCUUCGUCAUAGAUUCGUGAGACAUAUGACAUCUCCACCACAAAUUCUCAAACGAUGGAAUCAAGACUGUCCUCGACAUUAA